AUGCCAUACCUUUCAUUGGAACAAGGCCUUAGCAUACUAAUGGGGUCAAAGUGUGCAGGUUUUUUCCUCGACGCGGAAACUAAGAAUUUUCUUUCUGUUAAGGGAACUUUUGAUUUGACGGUGAUGAGUAGGAGCAAUUAUAUGGCAGAGGUGAACUCAGAGGAGCGUUGUCUUGAGAACAAACAAUCUACAGCUGCUUCGGGCUCUUCUUUUUCGGAAAAUAGUGGUAGUGUUACACUUAAAUCACCCGGGAUAAGUAGUCCCAAUAAUACAUCACCAUCCCAAAGGAGAACUUCUGGCCCAAUUAGAAGAGCUAAGGGAGGUUGGACUCCUGAGGAGGACUGUACAUUAAAAAGAGCCGUUGCUGCUUUCAGAGGGAAGAGUUGGAAGAAAAUAGCCGAAUUUUUUCCAGAUAGAUCAGAAGUGCAGUGCUUGCAUCGGUGGCAAAAGGUUCUCAAUCCAGAACUUGUUAAAGGUCCCUGGACUCAAGAGGAAGAUGAGAAAAUUACAGAACUGGUAGCAAAAUAUGGACCUACAAAAUGGUCUAUUAUAGCAAAGUCAUUGCCAGGUCGAAUUGGGAAACAAUGCCGUGAGAGGUGGCACAAUCAUUUAAAUCCCAAUAUUAAGAAAGAUGCUUGGACUAUGGAGGAGGAACUUACUCUGCUGAAUGCUCACAGGAUUCAUGGCAAUAAAUGGGCUGAAUUAGCUAAGCUUCUGCCUGGAAGGACUGAUAAUGCUAUCAAGAAUCACUGGAAUAGUUCUUUGAAGAAGAAGUUAGACUUCUAUUUGGCUACUGGAAAUCUUCCAUCAAUUACUAAAAAUGUUCCUCAAAAUGGUUGGAGAGACAUGAACAGAACAGCUUCAGCUGGAGAGUUACUUCUUUGCUCAAAGAAGGGAUUGGAUUCAACUGUCUCAGCUUUGUCUGGAGCUACUGAUACGCAUAUAAUACAAGAAGGGAAGGAUAAACUAGAGACCAGUCCCAAGAUUCACAAUAUAGUUGCCUCAGCUAGUGAUCCCCCGAAUGAGUCUCUUGAUUCUGAAGGUGCUAAAAGUGAGAUAAUGCCAUCAGAAGCAGAUAACAUUUAUUCAAGCCCAGAAUCUAAGUUUGAGCAAUGUGGAACACAUAGUGAAGCUGAUAAAUGCAGGACAAUAAGAACAUCUAUGCAUAAUGAUACUGCAAUAUAUGGGACACUAUAUUAUGAACCCCCACAGUUAGAUAAUUAUGAUUUGCUAGAUUCAAAUCUUGCAAAUGUUUCUUGUAUGCAGUCUGAAUCAGAUGUUAGUUGCAUAAUAUCGCCUACGACCUUAGUGACUCCACCUAGUGUGAAAGGUGGAAGUUUUUCCUCACGAACUCCAGAAUCUAUAUUGAAAAUCGCUGCCCAAAGCUUUCCAAAUACUCCAUCUAUAUUACGAAAAAGAAAAUCUGAAACUCAGGUAUCCACGCCAUUAAGUAGAAAUUGGAAGCCAGAUAAGGAAGCAGUUAAGGAAACAAGUCAGUCUACUGAUGAGCAUAAUCAAACAAGUAGAAUAGAGGAUACAAAGUUGCAAGACAUAAUUUUGCAUUCAGAUCCUGCUUGUGCUGGUGUCAUUGACUUGUGCAGUGGGAAGUCCUUCAAUGCAUCUCCUCAGUACCAGUUAAGACCCAAAAGAAAUUCUGUUCUUAAUUCCGUGGAGAAGCAGCUUGACUUUACAUUAAAUGUGGAUCAGGAGUGCUGCGAAGAAAAGACGGGUAUGACUUGGAAUGUGAAUCUGUUGAAGGUUGAAAAUGGUGCUGAAGUUGGUUAA